ACACAAGUGACACGUACAUCAAAGUAGCAUGGGUGCGCUUGGCUAAUUUAUUAAAAUAUCGAAGUCUAUACUUUCCCAGCCACGAAAAAGCGGUGUUAAUAAGGGAAAAAACCCCGCGAAAUGAGGGUGAGGUGAGGAUGUGACCACCAAGCUGGCAACAGUGUGGAGUGUGUGUGGGGACGGUUUUAUCGGCGGCUCUGUUGAACUCCUUUAUUCUUGUUAGUUUAUCUGCUGCGCCGCGCCUCUCACCCCUGCUAUAGACUUUGGAGCGUGGCCAGUAUGCUGGGCUAAGACUGAGUUCACCCUCAGCAGCCUAGGGACAGGGGAAAGCGAGCCCAAGGAUUGUUUACCGAGAUGGCGUCGACGUGCUGUCCCUCCUGAGGCCGCCUGCAAGUGCCGCUUUAUUUAUCCUGCUGUGUGUGCGUGAGGGCGUGAGCGUGGCGGUGGCAGGCCCUAGCUCACCCCGGGAGUAUGGUAAGAUGGAGGUGGAUGUCAGCGAGGUGUUGGCGGCUAUCGGAACCCUCUACGAUGCCCAGGUCCACGACAAGCAGAAGCACGACCAGGCGUCCCGCUGGCUGGGGCAGCUGCAGCGAUCGGUACAAGCGUGGAAGGUUGCCGAUCAGCUCCUUCACCUUAAACACGAUGGCAACUCGUGCUUCUUUGCGGCACAGACACUCCGCACCAAGAUUCAGCUAUACUUUGGGGAGCUGCCAGUGGAAGCGCAUGCAUCCCUCCGUGCCUCCAUGCUGGAACACAUGGGCCACAUCACAGAGCACACCUACCAGGGCAUUGCCACCCAGCUGUGUGUGGCCCUCGCUGACCUGGCCCUCCACAUGGCCGCCUGGAAUGACCCUAUAGGUGACCUUAUAACUCAAUUUGGGCCGGAGUCAUCAACCCCCAACCUUGUCCCUCUGCUGGAGGUGCUCAUUGCCCUGCCGGAGGAGCUGCACUCACGACAGCUCCGCCUUGGACUCAACAGACGCAAGCAGCUUGAUGAUUACUUCCGCUGUCAAGUUCCUAACAUCAUCAAGAUCUUGCACCUGGUAGUGGUGAGCGAGGGAGCCAGCAAGGAAAGCACCCACCUCAAGGCCCUGCGCUGCCUAGCCUCAUGGUUCAACAUCCACACUCAGAAUUGGGUCCUUCUUCUAAACACUUGCCUUGUUGAUGACAUCCUCACUGUUGUUGGUAACCCGCAAGUGGCCCCCAGGCUGCAUGAGAUUGCAACAGACUGUGUGUGUUCAGCGAUGAUCAUGCUUGAGGCGGAGAGGAUUCAGCCCUUGGCAGAAACCCUCUUUGCGGGUGUGCUGCAGAUGGGUAAUGCAUACCACAUGGCUGUGGCCUUGGAGGACAUAAAUGCCAUCACCAACUAUGCCAGAAUCUUCUCUGAACUUGGAGAAACUCUUGUGGAGGUGAUGGUGGAGCAGCCUGGGCAGGGUCUGGGCUCUCUUCAAGUCCUCCACCUCCUUCUCACCUGUAUUGGCCACCAUGAUUGGGAGGUGGCUGAGAUUACUUUCAACUUUUGGUACAAGCUGUCGGAGGUGCUGUAUAAGAAGAACUGUGAUAACGUCAAUGAGCAGUUCAAGCCUUAUGUCGAACGGCUCAUUGAGGCACUCUACCGACACUGCCAGAUGGAGCCAGACCACGACACCAUCUUGGCACAGCAAGAUGACUUUUAUGAGUUCCGGGAACGUGUACAGGAGUUGAUCAAGGAUGUGGUUUUCAUCUGUGGUUCCAAGCUGUGCUUCCAACAAAUGGCACAUGUCCUCCAGGCACCUGAUGUCACCAAGAAUUGGAACCUCUUGGAAGCAGCACUGUUCAUCAUGCAGAGUGUCGCCAAGAACUUGGUACCGGAAGAAAGUGAUGUGGUGCCGCCCAUCCUGGAGGGGGUACUGAGCCAACCUGAGGAUGUGCACCUACAAGUGGCCUUCACUUCCGUGCAGCUGCUGGCAGAGCUCAACGAGUGGAUAGCCUGCCACCCAACCUUCCUGCCCCAUGUCCUCCAGUUCCUCACACAACGGUUACACAACAAACACUUGGCCACUGUCUCAGCAAAGGCCCUGGAUGCUAUCUGCCAAAGCUGCCGGGACCACAUUGAGCAGCACUUUGAUGGUCUCAUGCAGAUCAUUGCCUCCCUGGACUCCUUCAGCAUCAGUAACGAGGCAGUGGUGGGACUGCUCAAGGGUGUUGCCUCCAUCCUAGGCCGCCUUCCUCGUUCUCGCAUCAAAGAUGACAUGCGGCAGCUCUGUCUCCUCCAGAUUACCAGUCUUGGGAAGCUGAUUGAGGAGAAUGUUCCAUCUGAGAAGAACACCAAAAGUGACCCAGUUGUGUGGCUGGACCGUCUCGCCGCCAUCUUCCGUAAUGUGAACCCCACUGUGCAAAAUGGGGAGCAACAUCCCUGCCAGGAGGUGGUGAUGGAGGUGUGGCCCACACUGUCACUGACUUUCCAAAAGUACAGCAGUGACCUGCGUGUCAUGGAGCACUGCUGCCGCUGCCUGCGCUUUGCUGUGCGUUGUGUCCACCAGCAGUCAGCACCUCUCCUCUCUCCUCUUGUUGAGCAGAUUGUAGGGCUGUAUGUAGCUCAUGGACACAGCUGCUUCCUGUACCUGGGCAGCAUCCUGGUGGAUGAGUAUGCCAGUGAGGCCGGCUGUGUAGGAGGGCUGCUGGCCAUGCUGGAGGCUUUCACGCAGCCCACUUUUAACCUCCUCACACAGCCCAAUGGCUUCCGUGACCAUCCAGACACUGUGGAUGACUGGUUUAGGCUGUGUGCCAGGUUCCUGCAGAGAGCUCCUGUGGCCUUCCUGCAGUGCUCAGCUGUUAACACCAUUUUGGAGUGUGGUCUACAGGCUUGCAUGCUGGACCAUAAGGAGGCCAACUCAGCGGUGCUCAAGUUCUUCCAAGAUCUCGUUGAGGCCGGGAGGAAACAUGAGGAUCGCCCUGACUUCGAGACCCGAAGGAGACUGGUUACAGAGAUCUUCAACACUCAUGGGGAGAGUCUCGUGGGAAACUUGGUGACGGCAGCUGUGUUCAUCCUCCCGCAGUACAUGCACCAUGAUGUUGCCGAAACCUUCUUCCAGAUUAUGCAAUAUGACCGUCCAAAGUUCUGUGGGUGGCUGGAGGCGAAGCUGAAGGUCCUGCCAACAAAGAAUGCUGGUGGAGUGGAAGCUGUCAGUACUACAGAGCUGGCAGAGUUCCACAAGGCAGUGACACAGGCCGAGCGCACGAAGGAGAUCACCCGAGCUCUCGUUGACUUUUCCCGGUUCUUUAGCUGACAGGAUGGGCCAGCUAGGUGAGGCAGCCACCUUGGAAGGUAUCUGUCUGUGACAAGAACGGGGGAGGGUGUGGUUAGGUGUCUUGGGUAUGUUGUGCCACGUCUGGGGAUGGCCUAUGGCCUGCCCAACCCCCUGGCCUUGGGUGGUGAAGAGUGGACUGUCACAUUGUCUGUGAUUCUCCUGCUAGAGAAUCAUGAAAUGACAGCUAUUAAAAUAUCUAUUUUUUACUCUCUGGGAAUGUGCAAAUUCCUGGAAUAGUUGUCAAUUAAAUUUUGUCUUUUAUCCCCUGGUGGGAUGAUUUAUCAACAGAUUGAGGUCUGCACUUACCUAAGUCAUUCACCUCUUCUCCAAGCACUCCCAGCAUCAAAACAAACAAAAUAAUUUUGAUGGGUGAUUUUCCUUCACUACCCCUUUGACAGGGAAGUUAUUAUUUCUUCUUUCCCAUUCAUAAAAUUGAAAUUAUUUGAGUUUUAUUGUUUUAUGUCUGGCAGUGAGUGUGGGAGGUUCAAGGUCUGAAAGUCCUAUAAAAAUGAACAACUCAUCAUACUAAACCUCUGGACGCUGGCCAAGUUGCAGAGUAAUCUGAAGAGUAAACGUUUUAGCUACUCAACUUACAGGUAUAAAUAUUGCACCAGACAGACUUGUAUAAAUUGUAGAUUCCGUUUUAUAUUUUUAUUCUGCAUGUGGCCAGGAGUCAUGACUUGCGUAGAGGUUUCUGCUGAAUUUAUCUGCUGGCCUCUGCUUCCCUCUUGUGAUAGAGAGGCUGCUGCUGCUGUUGUUGCUGCUGCUUCUGCCCUCUCCAGCAGUCAACACUUGAGAAGUUUCUACAUCCAUCAAAAAUUCCAUGACUGUUGGCCAACUUGCUCUUGCCAUCUAGUGGCAGUGGGGUAUAAGUUUGAAGAUUCUCUGAUGGUGCAGUGCAGGUUAUUAUUUUUCUUUUUGAUGAACAUUUCCAGACAUUUGACAAAUCAAAGUGUUUCAUUUCAUAAAAGAAUUCCCAUAUGCCGGAUUAAUUCUUGCAAUAUUUCUACAUUGAUAUUUUUACUUGUAAAGAAUCGUUUCUUUUACGUUGCUGGGAUCAAUUCUAGUCCAAGCUUACUCUCGGUUCCUCCAGUCACUGCACAUCAGCUAGUCUGUGUGUAGCCAGCCGUAAGAAAGCCAUGCUUUGAUCUGUUUGUUAUCUUGAAAUCUGUCACACAAGUUGAUUUCACACUGAAUUUCAGAGACUCAGGAAGUGACAGUGUUUGGACUAAGCAAUUUCCCAGAUUCAUCACAAAGUUACUUUUCAAAACUAUGCCACUUUUCUUGAUGUAUGAAACCUGUCUUGUCAUGGGGAAUGCACUUUUGAUGGGGCCUUUAACCUACCCUAAGUUCUACCUUUGUCCAAAGUAUUGUUGGAAGUUACUCCAUGGAGAAGUGCAUGUGUAGGGAAGUCAGUGUGGUGAGGAGUCGUUACCUUGCCAUAAGGUAGUCUCCUACUCAAGAUGGAAGUGGUUGGUACAGCAGUGAGAUAUAUGAGAGAGGAGGAGUAUUUUUACACCUCUUGCCCCUCCCCCAUCCCCACUCCAUACCACUGAGGUCAUUCCCCACCCAUAUGUGGCUGGCAUAUUUGUUUUGUUAAGAUAAAUACAGUCAUAAUUACUUUGUA